GAUCAUAAAUAGGCAUAAUAGGUACAUGACAUCCCCGAGACUGCGCAAGCAAGAGAGAGAGAGAGAGAGAGAGAAGUUUAAAAGCAAAAGAGAGAGAAGCAGGGGAAAGGCUUUUACACGUGAUAAAGAAAGAAGCAAAAGUGUUUUGCAUGCGUGUAUAACUUCAUCAUCAUCAUCUUCUCUUUCUCUUACUAUAUUCUUACUUAAAUUAAACUCACUUACCCUCUUUCCUUUCCAUUUCCUUUCUUUCAAAAUUCUCCUAUAUCCUUCUAAUACAGAUACUUUGCAACCCAUUUUUUUUGUCAACAAAGUGUUAUUGGAGAUAUAAUAAUCAAAAGCUAGAAAGAAGCAAAAGCUUUUCAGCAAACAUGCCAGUGAGGCAAAUGAAAGAAAGCUUAGAGCAACACAUUGUGAUCAAGCCCCAUUUGCAGAAUCCAAUGAAUACAUCUAAUAAUUCACCAAAUGCUUCUCAAAAUUUCAAAGGUCCACCACAACAACCUUCCCUAGAAAAUCAUAGUCAAACUUCACCUCAACCAAGGAACAAAGGAAGAAGAAGGGGAAGAGGGGGUAGAAAAUCUGAUCAAGGUGACAUUUUGAUGAGACCAAGUUCAAGACCAUGCACUACUACAAAUGGAAAUGUUGAAAAUGGUUACAUCUCUAGUGAAAAAGAUGUUGGUUUUCCUACUUCAAGCAAGUCUUUGAGCUUUGCUCGUAGACCUGGAUAUGGACAAGUUGGGACAAAAUGCAUUGUCAAGGCUAACCAUUUCUUUGCAGAGUUACCAGACAAGGACUUAAACCAAUAUGAUGUUACUAUUACUCCAGAAGUGUCUUCAAGAACAGUAAACAGGUCCAUUAUAGCUGAACUUGUGAGGUUGUAUAAAGAGUCUGAUUUAGGUACGAGGCUUCCAGCUUAUGAUGGCAGAAAAAGUCUGUACACUGCAGGGCAGUUACCCUUUUCCUGGAAAGAGUUUAAGAUUAAGCUUGUGGAUGAAGAGGAUGGAAUUAAUUGCACCAAAAGGGUAAAAGAGUACGUGGUGGUGAUCAAGUUUGUUGCUAGGGCAAACUUGCAUCAUUUAGGCCAGUUUCUAGCUGGUAAGCGUGCUGACGCACCGCAGGAGGCGCUACAAAUUCUUGAUAUUGUACUAAGAGAGCUAUCAACUAAGAGGUAUUGCUCCAUUGGGAGGUCUUUCUUUUCACCUGAUAUAAGAAGACCACAACGGCUUGGAGAGGGAUUGGAGUCAUGGUGUGGAUUUUACCAGAGCAUAAGGCCUACUCAGAUGGGCCUUUCCCUCAAUAUUGAUAUGGCAUCAGCUGCAUUUAUUGAGCCUCUUCCAGUUGUUGAAUUUGUUGGCCAGCUGCUAGGCAAAGAUGUUCUUUCAAGGCCAUUAUCAGACGCAGAUCGCAUCAAGAUUAAAAAAGGUCUUAGAGGAGUUAAAGUUGAAGUGACACACAGAGGAAGUGUAAGAAGAAAAUAUCGUGUUUCAGGCUUGACUUCUCAACCAACAAGAGAACUUGUGUUUCCUGUUGAUGAGAAUUCAACUAUGAAGUCAGUAGUUGAAUACUUCCAAGAGAUGUAUGGUUUCACUAUUCAAUAUACUCACCUUCCUUGCCUUCAAGUAGGAAACCAAAAGAAGGCUAACUACUUACCUAUGGAGGCCUGCAAAAUUGUCGAAGGGCAACGUUAUACGAAAAGAUUAAAUGAGAAGCAAAUUACUUCUCUACUGAAAGUUACUUGUCAGAGACCUCGCGAUCGUGAAAAUGACAUUUUACAGACUGUUCAACAUAAUGCUUAUGAUCAAGAUCCUUAUGCAAAGGAAUUUGGAAUUAACAUCAGUGAGAAGCUAGCUUCUGUUGAAGCAAGAAUUCUUCCUGCUCCUUGGCUUAAAUAUCAUGAAAGUGGCAAAGAAAAGAACUGUUUACCCCAUGUUGGUCAGUGGAACAUGAUGAAUAAGAAAAUGAUUAAUGGAAUGACUGUUAACCGGUGGGCGUGCAUAAAUUUCUCGCGGAGUGUGCAAGAUAGUGUCGCACGGACUUUUUGUAACGACCUUGCUCAAAUGUGUCAAGUAUCUGGCAUGGAAUUUAAUCUGGAGCCUGUUAUCCCUAUCUACAAUGCAAAGCCUGAGCAAGUGGAGAAAGCUUUGAAGCAUGUUUACCAUGUGUCAACAAACAAAACUAAAGGAAAGGAGUUGGAGCUCUUGUUAGCAAUAUUGCCAGACAAUAAUGGUUCUCUCUAUGGUGAUCUCAAGCGUAUUUGUGAAACUGACCUUGGUUUAAUUUCACAAUGCUGUCUAACAAAGCAUGUCUUCAAAAUAACUAAACAGUAUUUGGCUAAUGUGUCGCUGAAGAUCAAUGUUAAGAUGGGAGGUAGAAACACCGUUCUUCUUGAUGCGGUAUGCUACAGAAUACCAUUGGUUAGUGACAUACCAACCAUAAUUUUUGGAGCAGAUGUUACACAUCCUGAAAAUGGAGAAGACUCUAGUCCCUCAAUAGCAGCUGUAGUAGCUUCUCAAGAUUGGCCUGAAGUGACAAAAUAUGCUGGUUUAGUUUGUGCUCAAGCUCAUAGACAGGAACUUAUACAGGAUUUAUAUAAAACAUGGCAUGAUCCUGUUCGUGGCACAGUUAGUGGAGGCAUGAUAAGAGAUUUAUUGAUUUCCUUUAGAAAGGCGACGGGACAAAAGCCGUUACGAAUUAUAUUUUACAGGGAUGGUGUAAGUGAAGGACAAUUUUACCAAGUUUUACUUUAUGAGUUGGAUGCAAUUCGAAAGGCAUGUGCUUCCUUGGAACCAAACUAUCAGCCACCAGUAACUUUCAUAGUCGUUCAAAAACGUCAUCAUACUCGGUUAUUUCCAAAUAACCAUCGGGACAGAAGCAGUACAGAUAAGAGUGGAAAUAUAUUACCUGGGACGGUUGUCGAUUCUAAAAUUUGCCAUCCGACAGAAUUUGAUUUUUAUCUCUGCAGUCAUGCUGGCAUCCAGGGUACUAGUCGGCCGGCACAUUAUCAUGUUCUAUGGGAUGAAAACAAUUUCACAGCUGAUGGAAUUCAAUCUCUGACAAACAAUCUUUGUUAUACAUAUGCAAGGUGCACACGAUCUGUAUCGGUUGUUCCUCCAGCAUAUUAUGCACACUUAGCAGCGUUUCGAGCCCGUUUUUAUAUGGAACCAGAUAUGCAAGAGAAUGGAUCUAAUGGUGAUGGUAAUUCAAGUCAUAGUUCCAAGGGAACACGAACAACUGGAGAAUGUGGUGUGAAGCCAUUACCAGCCUUGAAAGAUAAUGUGAAGAGAGUGAUGUUUUACUGUUAGACUGAUUUAGAUGUAGUCAAAGUUGGCAUUGUAAAGAGUAUUAUGUGUCAAUCUUCAUUGUAGGAAAUUUUGCUCAUCUUUGUAAGGAGGGGAAGUUUUUCUAAUUAGUCUUUAACAUAAACAUUGAGCCAACAAUCAUGUUUUUCUUGCACCAUAGCUGAAGGAAAGUGAGUCAUUUCCGUGUAACAUUUCAUUUUCAUUUCUCUAUGUAAAUAAACAACCAAAAAUAUGACUAGAUAAUUUAAUUCGCAAACCAUCAAUGUUCUUAGUUA